AUUAAGGACAUAUUUGUACAUUUCUCGAAAGAGAAAAAGUUCUCCCUGUUCAUCUCAAUCUCACUUGCAUCACUUCUAUAACUUCAAUCUUUAUAUGUUUCUGAAUCUUAUUUACAACAAAGAAUGAUACUCUCAGCACUGCUAACAUCAGUAGGAAUAAAUCUCGGACUCUGUUUCUUAUUCUUCACUCUCUACUCCGUUCUUAAAAAGCAACCUUCAAAUCUCUACGUAUACGCUCCUCGUUUAGUUCAUAAUCAGAAAUCGGAUCAUCAGUUAAUUGAUAAUGAAUUUAAUUUAGAAAGAUUGUUACCUUCUGCUGGUUGGAUUACACGAGCUUGGCAGCUUACUGAAGAUGAUAUCUUAUCAAUUUCUGGAUUCGAUGCUCUUGUUUUUACUCGAAUUUUUGAGUUUAGCUUGAAAGUGUUUGCGUUUGGUGGGAUUAUUGGGCUGUGUGUUCUUCUUCCGGUUAAUUACUUAGGAAAUCAGCUUAAACUUGAUCCUAUUUAUGACUUGCCAAACAAGUCUUUGGAUUCUUUUAGUAUAUCCAAUGUUGAUGAUGGUUCGAAUUGGUUAUGGAUACACUUCUCUGCUGCAUAUGUUUUUACAGGAGUUGUCUGCUAUCUUCUUUAUUAUGAGUACAAUUACAUUUCUUCAAAACGAAUUGUUUGCUUUUAUACAUCGAAACCUCAGCCGCAACAGUUUACUAUUCUAGUUCGUGGUAUCCCUUCGUUGUCUGGGAGAAGCUUUAGUGAAGUUGUUGAGAGCUUCUUCACACAAAAUCAUCCGUCUACUUAUCUCUCACAUUCAGUGAUUCAUCGCACAAGCAAAAUUCGACGUCUCAUUAAUGAUGCAGAAAAGCUUUAUAGAAGGCUUACACACAUUAAAUCACAAAAUCAUGCUCAGCGAAAUUUGAAACGUGAAGGCUUUUUGGGGCUCGUUAAACGUAAAGUUAAUAUUGUAGACCUCUACGAAAAGAAAUUAGAAGAUCUGGAAGACAAUGUGAGGAUGGAGCAAUAUUCAUUGACAGGAGAGGAAGUCCCAGCUGCUUUUGUAUCAUUCAAGUCACGAUUUGGUGCUGCAGUAGCACUACACAUCCAACAAGGCGUCAAUCCCACAGAGUGGGUCACUGAGAGAGCUCCUGAGCCUCAGGAUGUACACUGGUCUUUCUUUUCUGCGUCAUUCCUAAAAAGAUGGAUCUAUAAGUUGAUUGCAGUUCUUGCAUUUAUUGCUCUUACCAUUCUGUUUCUUAUCCCAGUUGUAAUAGUGCAAGGUCUGGCUAACUUGAAUCAGUUGCAGACCUGGUUUCCUUUCCUCAAAGGCAUACUUAGUCUAACUGUUGUCACUCAAUUAGUUACAGGAUAUUUGCCUAGUCUCGUUCUUCAGUUAUUCCUAUUUUUCGUGCCACCUUUGAUGCUUAUGCUCUCCUCCAUGCAAGGUUACAUUUCCUUUAGUCGAAUAGAAAAAAGUGCGUGUACCAAGGUCCUAUGCUUCACUAUAUGGAACAUCUUCUUGGCAAAUGUACUAUCAGGGUCUGCUUUCUAUAUGGUUAAUAUCUUUCUUGAGCCCAAAAAUAUUCCUGAGGUGCUAGCCAAAGCUGUUCCAUCACAGGCUUCAUUUUUCAUUUCAUACGUUGUGACAUCUGGAUGGACAAGUCUAUCGUCUGAACUCUUUCGCUUGAUUCCUCUGCUUGGUAGUUUUAGUUGUAGAUUAUGGGCCAAAAAAGAUGAUGAAGAAUUUGAGGUCCCAUCACUUUCAUACUCCAGUGAAAUUCCUACCGUACUCUUCUUUGGACUUCUUGGCAUAACAUACUUUUUCCUUGCUCCACUGAUUCUCCCAUUUCUUGUGGUUUACUUUUUCCUGGGAUACAUCAUCUUCCGCAACCAGUUAUUGAAUGUUUAUGCACCAAAGUAUGAAACUAGUGGAAAGUUUUGGCCCAUAGUGCACCAUUCAACAAUUUUUUCCUUGAUACUCAUGCAUGUAAUUGCAAUUGGAACAUUUGGGCUCAAGAAGGUUCCUCUGGCUUCCAGUUUAACAGUUCCCCUUCCGAUUCUAACACUUCUUUUCAAUGAGUACUGCCGGAAAAGAUUUCUACCUAUAUUCGAAUCCUAUCCAACUGAGUGCUUAGUGAAGAAAGACGGAGAAGAUGGAAAUGAACGAAGCAUGGCCGAGUUCUAUGAAAAACUGGUUUCUGCUUAUCGUGAUCCAGCAAUGAUGCCGGUCCGAUACGCCCGAAAUAUUGAGAGUCAAAAUUCCCCCCUUCUUCAGGGUGACAUUUGAAAUGAAGUGGAUAUUGUUCGCUUAUGGUAACCUUGUACAAGAAAGAUAGAAGCAAGCAGCCAUGUAAAUGCUAAUAAAAAGGUCAAGCUCUUCUACUGGAAACUCUUACUGAACUUGUUUGGUCAAUGAGUGGGUUUGCAUAGUGUAUUUUUUUUAUUCAAGCAGUCUUGUGUGAAUAUGUGAGGUAAAACUUUCUACCCAUCAUUAAUGGAGAGGAAGCUUUGUAUUUUUUG